CUAGUCAUAGACAAGUCAAGUCUAGUCAUAGACAAGUCAAGUCUAGUCAUAGACAAGUCAAGUCUAGUCAUAGACAAGUCAAGUCUAGUCAUAGACAAGUCAAGUCUAGUCAUAGACAAGUCAAGUCAAGUCUAGUCAUAGACAAGUCAAGUCUAGUCAUAGGAAAAAUAGUCUAUCUUAAAAUCCGACUGCUUUACAUUCGUUCAGAAUUUGGGAAAGGGUGUCUUUUUAAUUAGUUAACUUGUGAGAAAAGCAUGAAAAUUUUUAGUGUAUCGUUUGCUUUCAUUGAAAAGAAGAAAAUCUGCAUCUGAAGUUGAUUAUUUGGUUUGAAACGGAUAUAUAAAUACAUGUAUAUGUGUAACUGAGAUAUAUAAACAGAAAAAUAGAGUUCAGCAAAACGAGAGGAAGAAAAAGAAAAGAGAAUGAUAUUGAUCUAUAUGUACGCGGAGACUUAUUUUCGACGGCUUCCCUGAGGUCCGUCUUAUUUCAGCAUGAAGUUAAUUUUUCUUCGAAUCAAUUGAAAUUUGGUAUUUUUUUUCAAAGUUUGAUAAUAUAAAACGUGAACAGAUACAUUAUUCCGCUAAUAGCAAUAUGCAUCUGCGUACAUUUUGUACUCAAUAUUUUUAAUCAACCAGUUCAAUGCACAUUUAUAAUCUUGAAUCUGUAAUGCAACCAUUAAUUCGACUCGGUAAAUCUGUUGCAACAUUAACAAGUGAUAAUGGAUCUGAUUGGUCGGGCAAAAGUCCGUGCAAUAUAUUUAACUAUCGUGAAUUAUGGAAAAAAUUAAAACUAGAUGCUAUGAUUUUAAACAGUUACACAACUGGUAAUAGUCGAUAUAAUCCUGUCGAAAGAUCAAUGUCACCAUUAUUGAACUGGCUGGUUGAUAUUACAUUGAAACGUUGA